UUCCUGUUACAGCUUCAGAGAGAACUUACUAUGACAUGUGACAGAAUAAAAAAGAUAUAUACUGUACAAGGAGAGAGAAAGGGCACAGUAAGAUGAUAGAGUAAGACAGAGUCAGAGGAAUAGAGUGAUACGUAACAGAUAAUAAGUAGUAAAUGGUGAGAAACACAACAGUAGACGAGCUGUAAGGGAAACUUAUAUAGAGAAAAAAAUUACAGCUUGUAUUAGAGAAAACGUAACAUUUAUAUGCAGGUGGUAAGUGCAGAGGAGAUAGUAUAGAUAGACAGAAAGGUAGGUCAGUGGGGGAUGGUAAAGAGACUGAGGGGGAAAAAAGAGGAACAAGUCAUAUAAACUGUUGUGACAGAAAGCACAGGAACACCAGACUCCAGCACUUACGGCUACCAAACCUCCCGGAAUCACUAAUACCAAGGAUCAAAUGGCCAGUACCUUCCUCCAUUACUCAAGUUCACUGGUAAAUAUAGAUACAGAUUUUGGAUCAAGCUGGGCAGGUGAUGAAGAACCUUCUUAUGAAUUAGAUGGCAGUACUUGCCUGCCUUGUAAAGUGCACAUGGCUCCUGUUUCUGGUGACAGACUGGACUCUGAGAGCCAAAGGACUGUGAUUACAGAGAGUAUGUCAGUGACUGCAUCUGAUGAGGAAAAACUGCAACUUCUCAACAAAAACACAGAACUUCGGAGGCUGAAUGCAGAGCUGAUGAAACUCAACCAACAAUGGGAUGAGAUUUAUCACAGUGCAACACAAAAGAUGCAUCUUACAGUACGGGAGCUUCAAGAUGAGGUGCAGAGUCUAAGACAUCACAGCGAUAAACUGAGUCUGAAGCUGGAGCACGAGCAGAAUAAAAAAGAAUUCUAUGAGACUUCACUGUUCCAAGAGAUAAAGAGAAACCAGAAGUUGCAGGAGCAUGUGAGACAUCUAGAGGGUAUUCUGCACUACAACACCCUUUCUCAAUGUGGCGCACACAAUACCACAGAAAUUAAAAGCCAGUCAGAUCGUGGACGAUCCAAUUUGCCUGGUGUCAUGACACAGAAAGUGAGCCUUCAAGGAAGUUCAAAUCAUUCUGCUGAGAAUGUUGCUCCAGCUUCCAAUCACCAAGUGCAGGAUCGGGGCCACCAUCUUCCAAUGAAGACCUCCAGGAGUCAUCAGAAUAAGCAAGAUGCUAAUGCUGUAACGACUGAGCAGGACAUAAAUCAACUGAAGGAACAGCUUCAGGCUCUCAAAUGUCAGACAGAAAUUUAUGCUGCAGAUUAUAAAACAGAGCACACAGACCGGCAACGCAUGAAAACUGAGAAUGACAAGCUGAGGAGGAAGGAGAGAGAAAUGAGGGAGCAAAUGCUGAUACUAGAGGAGCAGUUAAAAGUUUAUGAAGAUGAUUUCCGAAAGGAGCGUUGUGAUAAGCAAGUCCUGCAGCGUUUACUCAAGAGCCGCAAUUCUACUCGCGAGCCAUUACUCGUACACCGAUGCAAUAACGCGACCCCCCAAAAAGGGUUAUUUGUAGACACUGAAGUACAUUCCAGGAGUGGUAGCAGAAGGCAGCAGAGUGGAACAGAUGUGGAGAAUCAAACUGAAAAUCGUCAUAUUGGAUUUUAGCAAUGUGCCCAUAUAUGCAUGCCAAUUAAAUAGAAUGUACAGAUGUGUCUAUAAAGAAAUAUCAAUUUUAAUUAAAAAACAUAUGAACCUGGAGUUUCUAAGUAUGACAAUUUGGAAACUAAUUACUUUUCCUAUGAUUAUUUCCUUCUCUAAAGUAUCUUGUAUACUAUGGAGUCCUACAACAAAUAUAUAGUAUGAUUAUUGUAGCUCAUAUAGGGCCAGAUGUACUAAGCCUGGGAGAUUGAUAAAGUAGAAGGAGAUAAACUACCAACCAAUCAGCUCAUGUCAUUUUUCAUACACAGCCUAUAACAUGGCAGUUAGGAGCUGGUUGGUAGUACAUCUCCCCCUAUAGAAUGUUCAAUGUUAUAGGUCAGUGGUCACUUCAUCAGAAAUACAGGGGCAGGAUAGCAGACCAACCAGAGUAACCCCCAUACAAACAUUGGGUCCAAAUCAUUAUGGCAUUUGUGUUAGUGUUUUGUUACUGAUUAAACUUAGUUGUAGCUGGGAUUCUUCACUGCUAACCAAUUAGAAGUACAUGCUCAUUGCAGACUAUUUAACACUAAAUAAAAUACCAUAAUGUAUAUCAGACAUGCACGAAAAAAUCCCAGCCACACUGAAUUAGUAAUGGUUAUUCAUAAAAGGUCAAAUGCUUCUUUAUUAUUUAUUUUUAUUAUUUAUAAUAAUCACUUAAGUUUGUGUAUAAAGAAAAUGUUUUGAAAUGAACCAUGUGCUGUGUAUCUAUCUAUCUAUCUAUCUAUCUAUCUAUCUAUCUAUCUAUAUAUAUAUAUAUAUAUAUAUACACACAUAUAUAAAAAUGGAUGUAUGUGUGUAUGUACAGUAUGUUCCAGCAUAACUCUGGAAUGCCUGGAGCAAUCUACACCAAGAUUGGUACACAUACGACUUACAAUCUGGAAAAAAUUAUUAUUGGAGUAAGACACCCCUACGGGUGGGGGUAGGAUAGGGGUUACAUGUAAAAAUCCAUCGUUUUCGGGGUUGCUGAGAUGAAUAGUGACACCCCCGAUGCCGUUUCAGUCCAAGUUCAGCCCCCAUCAGCAUGGAGGGUGCGAAGGGGUAAAAAAUGACUUUAUAAUUCUUAUACUGUACUUAUACUUUUAAU